GGGGAGAGGAGAGUGUGUGAGGUAAUGUAGAGAGAGAGAGAGCACUGUCUGGUGCUGCAGCCGAGCAAGAGGACAUGCAUGUGAAGCCCCCAAUAAUUCCUCAUCCACAGCGGACGAGUACACCACCCCACCCCACCCCACCCGGGACGGCGUCCAGCCGCCAGCUGCUGCGCCUUUGUUCCCAUGCGCCGCCAGAAGCAAACCUCGCCUCGCCUCACUUGCUCACGCCACCAAGAAUCUUUCCUCCUCCCUCUCUUUCCCUCUCCUCCUCCUGGCCCUCUCUCUCUCUCUCUCUCUCUCUCUCUCUCUCUCUCUCUCUCUCUCUCUCUCUCUCUCUCUCUCCUCGUCGCCCUUUCUCACUCUCCAGCGAGUGAGGUGGAGCUGAGUGGGUGAGCGAUGGCAUGGGGAGCUUGCAUUGCUGCUUUGCUCCUGCUUCUUCUUGCAGCAGGCGGAGGUGACGGUGUGCAUUGCCUGGAGGAGGCGAGCAGGGGCAGGAGAGCCUUGCAGAGGAGGCACCACCUGAGGUCAAGAGCGGUGAGUGGCGCCACAGUGCUCGAGCUGAGGCACCACAGCUUCAGUUCUUCACCGAGCAAGAGCAGGGAGGACAAGAUCAACGGCCUCUUGUCCUCCGACGCCGCGCGCGUCUCGUCGCUGCAAUGGCGCAUCGAGAACUACAGGCUGAUCAGAUCGUCGUCGGAGGCGGCGGCGUCCAAGGCGCAGGUGCCCGUCACCUCCGGCGCGAAGCUCCGGACGCUGAACUACAUCGCCACCAUCGGCCUGGGCGGCGGCGAGGCCACGGUGAUCGUGGACACGGCCAGCGAGCUCACCUGGGUGCAGUGCAAGCCGUGCCAGUCAUGCCACGACCAGCAGGAGCCCCUCUUCGACCCGUCGUCGUCGCCGUCCUACGCCGCGGUGCCGUGCAACUCGUCGUCCUGCGACGCGCUGCAGGUGGCCACGGGCAUGUCGGAGGCGCCGUGCGGCGCCGACCAGCCGGCGUGCAGCUACACGCUCAGCUACCGUGACGGCUCAUACUCCCGCGGCGUCUUGGCGCACGACAAGCUGAGCUUGGCCGGGGAGGUCAUCGACGACUUCGUGUUCGGCUGCGGCACCAGCAACCAGGGGACACCAUUUGGUGGCACGUCUGGCCUCCUGGGGCUAGGCAGGAGCCAGCUCUCAUUGAUAUCACAAACCAUGGACCAAUUUGGUGGUGUGUUCUCAUACUGCCUGCCUCUCAAGGAGUCCGAUUCAUCGGGUUCUCUAGUCCUCGGCGACGACUCGUCGGUGUACCGCAAUUCGACUCCAAUUGUGUACACCUCAAUGGUUUCUGACCCACUCCAAGGGCCCUUCUACUUCCUCAACCUGACCGGGAUCACCAUCGGCGGUCAGGAGGUAGAAUCCUCAGGCUUCUCAACCGGCAGUAAGGUCAUCAUCGACUCCGGGACCGUCAUCACGAGCCUCGUGCCAUCGAUCUACAAUGCAGUCAAGGCCGAGUUCUUGGAUCAAUUCGCCGAGUACCCGCAGGCGCCAGGGUUCUCCAUCCUUGACACUUGCUUCAACAUGACAGGGUUCAGAGAAGUUCAGGUCCCCAGCCUGAAGCUUGUGUUUGAUGGCACUGUGGAGAUGGAGGUGGACUCCGCUGGUGUGCUCUACUCUGUGAGCAGUGACUCUUCUCAGGUGUGCUUGGCCAUGGCCUCCCUGAAAUCUGAGUAUGAUACCUCAAUCAUUGGCAAUUACCAGCAGAAGAACUUGAGGGUCACAUUUGACACCUCAGGGUCUCAGAUUGGAUUUGCACAAGAGACUUGUGAUUAUAUCUGACAUGACUGGGGUAUAUGGGGAGGGAGCCAUGAGCUGUAUAUGUGAAUAUCCUAUACCUGCAAAUUUGUUUUGUGAUUACCUCUGGUGAUUGGCAAGUGGUAAUACAAUAUUAGUUAUUGGCAAAUGUACAAGCAUUCAUAAUUGCUUUUAUCUGUCUUUCCGCCAUUUCUUGUGCUUCAUCCAGAAUC